AUGGCAUCGAACGUGACUCGCAACUGGACGAACCAGUUCGCGCAGCCGCCGUGGCGCGUGGCGGCGUGGUCGGUGGCGUACGGCUCGGUGCUGGCCGUGGCUCUGUCCGGUAACCUGGUGGUGGUGUGGAUCAUCGUGGCGCACCGGAGGAUGCGCACCGUCACCAACUACUUCCUGCUGAACUCGGCGCUGUGCGACGCCGCCAUGGCCGCGUUCAACACGCUCAUUAACUUCAUCUACGCGGCGCACGGGGACUGGUACUUCGGGGAGGGGUACUGCCGCUUCCACAACUUCUUCCCGGUGGCCGCGGUGUUCGCCAGCAUCUACUCCAUGACCGCCAUCGCCGUGGACAGGUACAUGGCGAUUAUCCAUCCGCUGAAGCCCCGGUUAUCAGCUACAGCGACUAAAGUGGUGAUCGUGUGCAUUUGGGUUCUGGCGGUGGUGCUGGCCUUCCCUCUCUGCUUCUACUCCACCAUCAGGACCCUGCCUCGGAGAACCAUCUGCUACGUGGCCUGGCCCAGACCCGCCGAAGAUUCCUUCAUGUACCACACCAUCGUUUCUGUGCUGGUGUACAUGCUGCCCCUAGUGGUGAUGGGAAUCGCCUACACUAUCGUCGGAGUGACUCUGUGGGGAGGAGAAAUUCCCGGAGACUCGUCCGACAACUAUCACGGCCAGCUACGCGCCAAGAGGAAGGUGGUGAAGAUGAUGAUCGUGGUGGUUUUGACUUUUGCUAUUUGCUGGUUACCAUAUCACGUUUACUUCAUCGUGACGGGACUGAACAAACAGCUGAACAAGAGGAAAUCCAUCCAGCAGGUUUAUCUGUCCGUGCUUUGGUUAGCCAUGAGCUCCACCAUGUACAACCCCAUCAUCUACUGCUGCCUCAACAACAGGUUCAGAGCCGGCUUCAAACGAGCUUUCCGCUGGUGCCCUUUCAUCCGGGUAUCCAGCUACGACGAGCUGGAGCUGCGGACAGCGCGUUUCCACCCACGUAACCGCAGCAGCAUGUGCACGUUGUCCCGCGUCGACACCAGCGUCCUCGGAGACGACCCCCGCCAGCCCAUCCGCAGGAGCACCAAGUCUCAGAGCCACGGCGAGCCCAACGGCGUCAAAGCCAGCCCCCCGCCCACCAAAUACGGCCUCUACAGUGGGCCGAGCUUCGCCCCCGACCAGCUCAACUGA